AUGACGGCAAUUAGGAAAAGCCGAGAGGACCCUAACGACCUGAAAGGAACGCAGAUGCCAUCCAUAACAACACCUAAAAACAUCACCAAGAUCGGAUGUUGGAACGUAAGAACAAUGUUCCAGAUUGGAAAAACAGCGUACAUUGUAAGAGAGUUGAACAGAUAUAAGUUGGACAUAAUGGGACUGAGCGAAGUGAGAUGGACAGGUUUUGGUGAACUUAAGACAACCUCUGGAGAGACGAUCUUCCCAACAAACGAAGCAGAAGAAGCGGAUAAGGACACCUUCUACCAACAGCUUCAAAGAGAGAUUUCAAAAGUGCCAAAACAUGACAUACUGAUGGUAAUGGGUGAUGCAAAUGCAAAAGUGGGAAAGUUAAAUGAAGGAUGGGAAAGAGUCAUAGGACAAGAGGGCAUUAGGACUAUGAAUGAAAACAGCACGAGGUUAGCAGAAAUGUGCGCUCUUAAUAACUUAAUCAUCCGUGGAACCCUCUUUAAGCACCUCGACAUACACAAGUUUACAUGGGAGUCACCUACUGGAAGAGAUAGGAACCAAAUUGGCCAUGUAAUGGUGAACGGCAGAUACAAGAAGUCUGUAUGUGAUGUAAGAGUUAUGCUUGGUGCCAAUUCAGAUCACCAUCUAGUACUGGCUAAAGUAAAGAUGAAGCUCUGA